GCUGAUCCUCUGUCCCUAGUUCCCACUUCCUACUUGUACGCAGAGCAGCGGGGCUAUUAGGUUCUUGCUUUUUUCUUUGCUUUUGGUUUUUGACCCCCUUCCCAACCCACCUCCAAAGAUUCAAUUUUUAUAUUUCCCAACCUCUAAAUUAUGGAGACCAAGGUGCUGUCCUCCGGAGCCCCCUUCUCCACCUUGCCGGCCAGUUACGUCCGACCAGAAUCCGACCGACCUCGCCUGUCCGAUGUUUCCACCUGCGAAGAUGUUCCCAUCAUCGACCUUGCUUCUCCCGACAGAGCUCUUCUUCUUCUUCAAAUUCGCGAGGCCUGCAAAUCCUAUGGAUUUUUUCAGGUGAUUAAUCACGGGGUGCCUGGAGAAGUUGUGAACAAUAUGUUAGAAGUGGCAUAUGAGUUCUUCAAGCUGCCGGUGGAGGAGAAGAUGAAGCUGUACUCAGAUGAUCCGUCAAAAACAAUGAGAUUGUCAACGAGUUUUAAUGUGAAGAAGGAGAAGGUCCAUAACUGGAGAGACUACCUAAGGCUCCAUUGUCACCCUCUGGACGAGUAUCUGCCCGAGUGGCCUUCCAACCCUCCUUCCUUCAAGGAAAUAGUGAGAAGAUACUGCCUGGAAGUGAGGGCACUGGGCAUGAGAAUAGAAGAGGACAUAGGGGAGAGCCUGGGACUGCGCAAGGAUCACAUCAAGGAGGUGCUGGGAGAUCAAGGGCAGCACAUGGCCGUCAACUACUAUCCCGCAUGCCCUCAACCCGACCUCACCUACGGCUUGCCGGGUCACACUGACCCCAACGCCCUCACUAUCCUCCUCCAGGACCUCCAAGUCGCCGGCCUCCAGGUCCUCAAAGACCGCCGGUGGCUCGCCGUUAAUCCCCACCCUCAUGCUUUCGUCAUCAACAUCGGCGAUCAGCUCCAGGCGCUGAGUAAUGGAGUUUAUAAGAGCGUGUGGCACCGGGCUGUUGUGAACGCGGAGAAGCCCAGGCUUUCAGUGGCUUCGUUUCUGUGCCCAUCUAAUGAGGCAUUGAUCGGUCCCGCCGAGCAGUUGACGCAAAAUGGAUCAGAACCCAUAUACAGGGCCUUCACCUAUGCCGAAUAUUAUAACAAGUUCUGGAGCAGGAACCUGGAUCAAGAUCACUGCCUGGAGCUCUUCAGGAACCAGUAACUGUGUCCUCUCAUUCCCUCAAUUUCUAUGUAACAUAAAACUUCUUGGUAGGGUGUGUGUGUGUGUGUGUGUUUUAUGGGAGAAGUGGAGUGAUGGCCG